CAACCUCCAGACAGAUAGUCAGAAACCAGUCACACUUUGUUGAAAAUUGAAUGCUCAACCAUUUGAAAAAAUCAACCAUAAAUCUCUAUCUCACAACGUUACCAUUACACCACACAUUUCUCUAUUAACAGUACCUUUCACGGCCAUGAUUGGCGUCAAUUUAGGAAAAGCGACCUUAGUAGCAACCAUUCUGGCCGGAGUCCUCGUCGGAGUUCUACCGAGAUCCGUGGUGGGUCAGAACUGCGGUUGUCUGGCGGACUUGUGUUGUAGUAAGUAUGGGUAUUGUGGCACAGGCACCGACUAUUGUGGCACAGGUUGCCAACAGGGACCAUGUUACAAUGUCUCGGUCAGUGAUAUUGUAACAGAGGUAUUCUUUGAUGGAAUAAUCGGUCAAGCCAGUGAAAAUUGUGCAGGGAGGAAUUUCUACACGCGAGAUGGAUUUCUUAAGGCCGUCCACGCUUUUUCUCAAUUCGGCCGGGUUGGCUCGGUCGAUGAUUCUAAGCGGGAGAUUGCAGCUUUCUUUGCGCAUACCACCCAUGAGACUGGCAAUUUUUGUUACAUUGAAGAGGUUGAUGGUGCCUCUAGGGACUACUGUCAAGAAACAAAUACACAGUAUCCAUGCACACCCAACAAGAGUUACUAUGGCCGAGGUCCUCUUCAGCUAUCAUGGAACUACAAUUACGGUUCAGCCGGAAGAGCUAUCGGGUUUGAUGGACUAAACAACCCUGACAUUGUGGCCACAGACGUCGUGGUGUCAUUCAAGACGGCCUUGUGGUUUUGGAUGAAAAAUGCUCACUCGGCCAUAACAUCUGGCCAAGGGUUCGGGGCAACAAUCCGUGCCAUCAAUGGUGCUCUUGAAUGCAAUGGUGCAAACCCUAGCGUUGUUGCUGCUCAUGUGGAGUAUUACAUAGAAUAUUGCAACCAACUUGGUGUUGCACCCGGUGAUAAUCUCUCUUGCAACAGCGUUGCUGUACCGCGGUAUUCUACAAUGUUUACCUUAACAUGUGGAGCUUAUUCUAACUGACAUUUAUUUCAAGUUAUUUGCACAAUAUCUACAUUUAGCUUGUGUUGCCACUUAAA